AUGGAGUCAAAAAAACACAUAUUUAGCGCGAUUGAAAAAAAACACUUUCUAGAUGUACUUAAAAAGUAUAGUCAUAUUAUAGAAAAUAAAGAUACAGACGGAGCUACACUAAAAAACAAAAAUGACGCUUGGAUACGUGUUACGGCCGAAUAUAAUGCUAGUCCUCUCGCUACAAAACAGGUAUCAGUUAAACAACUACGGCGCUUAUGGAUCAACACAAAGCAGCGUCAAAGACAGGCUUUGACCAAAGAACGCCAACAUAGGCUAGCUACUGGAGGAGGGCCGUCUAUCAACGAUGCUGUCGUUGACCCUGAUGUGUCUAUGGUGGCCCCAGCUCUUAUUGUUGGAAUCGACAAUGUAAUUGAUUCCGAUGUAGUUGAAGAUUCUUCGCAGUCAGAGCUACCAAUUUCAAUUGAAAUAGAAGAUAUACAAUUAGAAGAUAUAUCUCAAGGGUCUGCCAUCUCUCAGGAACAAACAAUCAAAAUAGAUCACAUUGUACAGCCUGAGUCACCAAAUCCUUCCACAUCCCAAAUGUCCCAACCCUCCAUCACAACCAUCCCAUCAGUAAGGAAGUCACCUGCGCGUUCUACUAACACCCGAACAGUCCUACUAAAAAAAAAUGUGAUAGAACAGGAAUACAAUGAUCGAUCUGUGCGGGCCACAGAAAAACAUAAUUUGGAAAUAGAGAUUUUAAGCGAACAGCUGAGGGAAGCCAAAUCCAAAGCAGAUUUAACUGAACUUAUUUUAAGAGAACAGCUUAGGGAAGCCAAAUCUAAAGCAGACUUAGCUGACCUUAUUUUAAAGGAAAAGCUAAAUUCAAUAGGUCAUAACACAAGCAAUUGA